UUCCACUAUAUAAUGGUCUAAAUAAUAUACCACUCACUCGACCAGGCUUCACCCUCGCAAUUCGCAAAUAUGGCAUCCAGCAACUCCGUCAACUAUCUCUUCAGCUCCCUCCUCCUCUCCCUCCUCACCAUCGCUUUCUCCGACGACCCGGAUUGUGUGUACACGGUGUACGUUCGCACGGGGUCGAUCAUAAAGGGCGGGACGGACUCCAACGUCAACCUCCGUCUCUACGAUGUGUACGGAUACGGCUUCGAGAUCACGAGCCUCGGGCCUGGGGCGGUUUGAUGGGUCCCGGCUACAACUACUUCGAGAGGGGCAAUCUCGACAUAUUCAGCGGCCGAGGUCCCUGCCUCCACUCCCCGAUCUGCGCUCUCAAUCUCACCUCUGACGGCUCCGGCCCCCACCACGGCUGGUACGUUAACUACGUCGAGGUCACCUCCACAGGGGCCCAUAUUCCCUGCCAUCAACAGCUGUUCACCGUCGAGCAGUGGCUCGCCACCGAUACGUGGCCCUAUGAGCUCACCGCCAUCAGGAACUACUGUAACUCCGACAUCGAGGGUGCUGAGAAACGGGGUCGUACUGAGCGUCGGAUGAUCCGGUCCGGUUCAGGAGGUUUGGUUUCUACUGUUUAAGUAAUUGUUUGGGUCCGGGGUUAAUGAGUUGUUGUUUUGGUUAUCCAAAUCCGUGUUAAUUUAUUCAGGUGAGCGGUGCUGUGUAAAAUUUAGACUAUAUUAACAUAUAAAAAUAUGAACUUCAUUAGAAUUCCGAUCUGUUAUCUGUGAAGUUCGGUAAUGAGAACUGUGGUCUGUAAAAUUCGGUAAUGUUAGGGUAAUCAAAAUUUUAAAUUAAAAUUUGUCAAUUAAAUAAUGUAAUUGUCGAUAA